AUGAUCUCUCUUCUCUUCAUCGUUGCACUGGCCAUUCUUAUUAGAGCUACAGUGUAUCUCCUGGCAGCAAGGAAAUCGAGGGUAAUCAAGUUUGUCGGCCCGCGGGGAACAGGAAAGACAAGAACACUCAAUGCACUGAUGGGAAUCAGUGCCAAGACGGUCCCGACUCUCGAGAGCUACAGGGUUGUGCACAAGGGCAUAACCAUCCACGACGUAAUUCAGAAGGAUGGAGACCUGCUCGAGAGAUACGGAAUCGACGAUCCAUCUGCAAUCUACUUCUUCUUUCUGAGGAGCGUGGACGAUUUGGACGGAUUUCCAGAAGCAAAGGGAUUUGACAUAAAAUUUGUCUGCUGCAGAGAGUGUGACAGCAGAAAGGCCGCAGAAAGAAACAUCAUCGUGCUAGACAAGAACUUGGCGGAAAUAGAAAACCACUUUCCGUAG